CACAAUCACAUUAAGUUAGUGGAUCUAGCGUUUCAAAAGGUCUUUGUGCCGGAUUCCAUCUAAAUCCUUGACAUCAGGAACUUAUUGAAUAUUGAGGACUUGUAAUUUUUGUGAAUCCAGUAUUUGGUGCACGAUAGAGGCACUGUAAAGCAUCUCACCCCUUACGUAUUAUUUGCUUUGCAUUCACAAUGUCAAUUCCUGAGUCUUGUACGAUCUUGGUGGCAGGUGGUGGCCCUGCUGGUUCAUAUGCAGCUGCGGCUUUGGCUCGUGAGGGCAACGAUGUUGUGCUUCUCGAAGCUGAUCAGCACCCUCGCUACCAUAUCGGUGAGAGUAUGCUCCCAUCGAUAAGGCCUCUACUGCGUUUCAUCGAUCUCGAACAGAAAUUCGAAGCUCACGGCUUCCAGAAAAAACUCGGUGCUGCUUUCAAGCUCACCUCGAAGCGUGAAGGAUAUACCGAUUUUCUCGCAGCCCAUGGGCCUAACGGAUACUCUUGGAACGUGAUACGCUCCGAGUCGGAUGAGAUCCUAUUUAACCACGCCCGCGAAAGCGGCGCUAAAGCUUUCCAUGGGGUGAAAGUAAAUUCGCUAGAAUUUGAAGAUUAUGAGAGCGAAUUCCCCAACGGAGAAAAGGUGGCUAAUCCUGGAAAACCUAUUUCCGCAAAGUGGUCUUCUAAGGACGGUCGUUCUGGUGAGAUCACUUUCAAAUAUCUCGUGGAUGCAACUGGACGGGUAGGUAUUACAUCGACCAAGUACCUCAAAAACCGCCACUACAAUGAGGGCCUAAAGAACCUCGCCAUCUGGGGCUACUACAAGAACAACACGCCCUGGGCACAGGGUACUCCGAGGGAGAAUCAGCCUUUCUUUGAGGGUAUGCGAGAUGGUGCCGGUUGGUGCUGGACUAUUCCGCUGCACAAUGGCACGGUCUCUGUUGGAGCCGUCAUGCGAAGGGAUCUUUUCUUCGAAAAGAAGAAGAGUCUUGGCGAAAAUGCAACCAACUCACAAAUCAUGGCGGAAUGUAUGAAACUAUGUCCUACCAUAGGAGAGCUACUCGAGCCAGCUGAGUUGGUAUCCGACAUCAAGCAGGCAACAGAUUACUCGUACAGCGCGACCGCAUACGCUGGCCCCAACUUCCGUAUUAUUGGAGAUGCAGGCUGCUUCAUUGAUCCCUUCUUCUCAUCUGGCCACCACUUGGCCGUCGCUGGCGCACUUGCAGCUGCUGUUUCAAUCAACGCAUCUAUCAAAGGAGACUGCACCGAGUACCAAGCCUCAAAAUGGCACGCCAAGAAAGUAGAUGAAGGUUACACCCUCUUCCUGCUCGUCGUCAUGGCUGCUCUUAAGCAGAUCAGGAUGCAAGUGAACCCAGUGUUGAGCGACGUUGAUGAGGAUGGCUUCGACAGGGCUUUCCAGUUCCUCAAACCAGUUAUCCAAGGCUCUGGCUCUUCCGAGGCUGUACAGAAGUUCACUAAGGAAGACGUAGCGCAAACAAUCGACUUCGCUGUACAUGCUCUCAAUAACAUGGCGGAAAUGGAUAUGGACAUUCCCGAGCAUAUGAUUAACGGAACUGAAAAAGUUGCAAAUGGAGCGACAAGUAGUGCCAACGGAACUGAUAAACAGGCCGGUAUUGCUUCAAGCAUGGAGAAGCUUACUCCUGAUGAAGAGAAAGUCGUGAAUGGACUUCGUAUUCUCGGCAAGGCCGCUCCAGGCGGAACUUUAACCGACUUUGAAGGCACUGCAAUUGAUGGCUUGACACCUCGGUUAGAACAUGGCAAUCUGGGUCUCAAUAAGGUUUGAGGACGUACAAACGUGUAUAUUGGCAUGUGUCGAACUGCACUGCACGGAAUGCUUCUUCAUGCUCCUUCGCUAUAUGGAAUGAAUCAAGCGGACUGGACAUGCAGAAUAUCCUUAUUUCUCACUGCAGAUGCAAUUCUCCAUUUAUCCAAGGCUUUCCGAAAACUUUUGGUCUAGUAUACGUCAUAACGGCCGAGUGAGGCAAAUU